AUAAGUAGUGGUGGUGUCUUUCAGUCCACACCAAUACGUCCCAGCCACAACACUACACCUCUCUCGUUCAGCACGCGGUGAUCCCACAGAUCAUUGGAAGCAGGCCUCACCAGAAGGCUGCCUCAACAAAAGUGCCCAUACAGAUCAAUCAUCUGAGCGGCAACACUCGCGAUGCCUACGAUGGCAGGUGUCAGCUGCAAACUGCCUCAACGUAGGCUGAAGUGUGUGCUGCUGAUCCUGCUCCUCGUGUGCUUCAAUUCUCUUGUCAGCAGCGCCCUGCUGCUCCAUAACAUGUUCUAUCAUCACGUCGACCUGAACAACAGCGACACAUUGCUUGUCCCCUAUUGCAUGAUAGGGCUGCAUGAGAAUGGCAGUGCUUUCCUGAAGCAACCGCCGCCCACAGGAGUGAGCUGCAUUCCCAUGUAUGGGAUCUCGAAGCACAAGGAAUUCAUCAUAGCAUUCAUUCCAACAGCCUUGUAGAUAUUCAUUUCAAAGGAAAAUGAAUACAAGAUAAAGGGAAAGAAGGGUAUUUACAUUCCCUCAAGAGACAUAGGUUAAGAGAGGCCUUUAACUGCAUGGUCUAAGUACUGAUAGAUAAAGGUGCCGUAAAACAAUAUGCUCAAGAUCAGUCAGUAAUAGGAACGCAAGAAAUAAUGGGUUUAAACAUAAGAAAAUAAUUUUAAGAAAGAAACAGAGAGGAAUUAGUUCCCAAAUCGAGAGAUGGAUGACAGUAAUGGAUUCAGUAAUGAUAUUGUCAGUGGUGAGUCGUUAGAGAGCUAUCAAAGAUAAAGAGUGAACAAAGUAACAAAUGUAAUGCCAUGUAAUCCUAUGAUUCCAUGUAAUCAUCAAGCUUCCAUGUAAUCCUGAUUCCACGUCAG